AUGACUUGUAAACAAUGGACAUUAGCUACGGCUACAUUUUUACUAUUAAUUCUAUCAUUUUGGUCAUUUAUAAAUGCAAUUUUGUUGUGUAUGAAUAAAUAUUUAUUUCCUGAUAUUCAUCUUCUUAUGCCACAUAGUCGUGAUAAUUCUAAACUAAUGAUAAAAUCUGCUACUCCAAAUACUAUAACUGUUGUUAAUACUUCAUUAUUUGUUUAUUAA